CUGCCACCCCCUCUCCGGGGGGUUUUCUCUUCCUCCUCCACUUCUGCUUGGGUUACCUCCAUUUCUUUCUCUCCCCCUUCUGUGAGGAAUACUUCCCCCCCACCCAGCGUCCUUUGCCACAUGGCCGCCAUGUUUCUCGCACCCUUGAGCGUUGCCCUUCGGGUGCUGAACGUCCGGACGGGCUCCGCCCUCUUCUUGUGGCUUUUGGGGUUGGCCCUCCAUGUGUUGCCCCUCUCGGGGCAGAAACCCGAGGACAAGUAUCCCAUAGUGCCGACCAAUUAUGGAAAACUCCGAGGGAUCAAGAAGGACCUGAACAACGAAAUCCUCGGUCCCGUCGUCCAGUAUCUUGGGAUCCCCUACGCCACUCCACCCAUCGGGGAGAGACGUUUCCAGCCACCCGAGGCGCCCGCUUCCUGGUCUGAGGUGCGCAAUGCCACGGCUUUUGCUCCUGUCUGCCCGCAGAACAUUCAUGGCAUGCUGCCCGGAAUUAUGCUGCCUGUCUGGUUCACCGACAACCUGGAGGUAGUAGCCGGCUACGUCCAGAACCAGAGUGAAGAUUGUCUCUACCUCAACAUUUACGUGCCCAUGGAGGACGGUCCGCUCACGAAAAAGCGUGAGGAGGCGUCAACUAACAAUCCCACUCCAGACGAAGAUAUCCGAGACAGCGGGAAGAAACCAGUCAUGCUCUUCAUCCAUGGCGGAUCCUACAUGGAGGGAACGGGGAACAUGUUUGACGGCAGUGUCUUGGCUGCGUAUGGCAAUGUGAUUGUCGUCACCAUGAACUACCGUCUCGGCGUCCUGGGCUUCAUGAGCACGGGGGACCAAUCUGCCAAGGGAAACUAUGGCCUUCUGGACCAGAUUCAGGCCUUGCGGUGGCUGAAUGAGAACAUCGGCCACUUUGGGGGUGACCCCGAGCGAAUCACCAUCUUCGGUUCGGGAGCCGGGGCCUCAUGUGUCAACCUUCUCAUCCUGUCCCAUCACUCAGAAGGUCUGUUCCAGAAAGCCAUUGCUCAGAGCGGCACAGCCAUUUCUAGUUGGUCGGUGAACUACCAGCCUCUCAAGUACACGCGAAUGCUGGCCUCCAAAGUGGGCUGCGAUCACAUGGACACGGGGGAGUCGGUGGAGUGCCUACGGCGCAAGCCCUACCGAGAGCUGGUAGACCAAGAUAUUCAGCCGGCACGCUAUCACAUUGCGUUUGGCCCGGUGGUGGACGGGGACGUGGUUCCAGAUGACCCGGAGAUCCUGAUGCAGCAGGGGGAGUUCCUCAACUACGACAUCCUCAUUGGGGUCAACCAGGGGGAAGGCCUGAAGUUCGUGGAGGACUCCAUGGAGAACGAGGACGGCAUCUCUGCCAGCUACUUUGACUUCACCAUUUCCAACUUUGUCGACAACCUCUAUGGCUACCCAGAAGGCAAGGACAUCCUGCGGGAGACCAUCAAGUUCAUGUACACGGACUGGGCUGACCGGGACAAUGGCGAGAUGCGCCGCAAGACCCUCCUGGCACUUUUCACUGACCACCAGUGGGUAGCCCCUGCCGUAGCCACCGCCAAGCUUCAUGCUGAGUAUCAGUCGCCCGUCUACUUCUACACCUUCUACCACCACUGCCAGACGGACACUCGGCCUGAAUGGGCUGACGCCGCCCAUGGGGAUGAGAUCCCCUAUGUCUUCGGGGUGCCCAUGAUUGGGGCCACAGAUCUCUUCCCUUGCAACUUUUCCAAGAACGAUGUAAUGCUGAGUGCCGUGGUCAUGACCUACUGGACCAAUUUUGCCAAGACCGGGGAUCCGAACCAGCCUGUCCCGCAAGACACCAAGUUCAUCCACACAAAGCCCAACCGCUUUGAGGAGGUGGUGUGGACCAAAUUCAACACGAAGGACAAGCAGUACCUCCACAUUGGCCUCAAGCCCCGGGUGCGGGACAACUACAGAGCCAACAAGGUGGCCUUCUGGCUGGAGCUGGUGCCCCACCUCCACAACCUCCACGAGCCCCCACACACGUCGACGACCACCCGCAUCCCUCCGUAUGGUACCCGGUGGCCCAGCACACGCGUGGGGCCCAGCACCACCCGCCGGCCCAUCCCCACCCUCCCUCCCGACGAGGACGACGUGGGCCGGUCUCAGCACUAUGUCCCCUUCCCGGGGGACUCGCGGGACUACUCCACCGAGCUCAGCGUCACCGUGGCCGUGGGGGCCUCCCUGCUCUUCCUCAACAUCCUGGCCUUCGCCGCCCUCUAUUACAAGCGGGACAAGCGGCAUGAGCUGAGGGGUGGGCGGCGCCUCAGCCCCCAGCGCAACGCCGCCAAUGACCUCGUCCACGGCGGCCAGGAGGAGGAGAUCAUGUCCCUGCAGAUCAAGCACUCGGAGCACGACGCCCACGACCUGGAGCCGCUCAGGCCCCAUGAGAUCCUGCGCCCCGCUUGCCCUCCCGACUACACGCUGGCCCUGCGCCGGGCGCCGGACGAUGUCCCCCUGAUGACCCCCAACACCAUCACCAUGAUCCCCAGCACCAUCACGGGGAUGCAGGCCCUGCACCCGUUCAACACCUUCCCCACCGGACACAACAACACCCUCCCCCACCCUCACUCCACCACCCGUGUAUAGUGGCCCUCCCCCCCUCGUACCCUCAGCCGCCUGGCGAUGGUGGUCCCGAUCCACCCUGCUCAAAGAGGGAGGCGUCCUUCCCACCAUGUGGAUGGGUCUUUUAUAUAACAUUGUGGCAACAGAAGGAUAGGUGGAGACUCCCCCUGCCCC